UUUCUUCACCGCUAUUCAAAUCGGUUCAAUCGCUGAAAAUCGGUUCCAAAUUGAACACCUCGCUCGGACCGCGUCGUCAAUUUUUUUCCUGUGCGCUUCUCGUUCUGGUUCUGUUCUGUCCUGGCAGCCAAACAAAACGAAACCGAAACUGAAACCGAGGCGAACCAAAACAAAAUCAGCUCAGGAUCACGGGAAGCAUCAGAGUGCGGACAAUGUGCGUGAAGUGGGUGACGCGAGCGGCGUCGACGUCGACGACGGAGAGCGGAUAGUGGAUGGUGGUACGAUUGCGAACGGACGCAGACCGAAACAAAAGUGAAAACGUGCAAAACAAAAAAAAAAGCGAAUAGCGAAAUACAAAAGCGACAAAAUGUGCGACGCUGCGGCGGCUACAACUGCAACAACAUCAGUGGAGGCCACAGCGACGCCUGGAACGGGAAUGGUCACGGGAACGCCAGCGGGAAUGGGAAGCACAACGGGAACGGGAAUGGGAACCAAUUCCCCAGAAGCUACUGCCGCUACACCAACACCAAAAGGCGAGCGGUCGGCGCGACAAAACUGCUGUCGCCUAUGCGUCGCCCCGCAAACCGAAUGCAUCUCGAUCAUCAAUAGCUAUGCGGCGGAUAAGGAGCCGCUGUCCACCAAGAUCCACAACUGCGUCAGCAUCAAGAUUACACCUCAGGAUCGACUGUCGCUGCAAAUCUGCCACGCCUGCAUCAGCUACCUGAACUCAUGGCAGAGCUUCAAGAACCGCUGCUACAGCUCGCAGACGAAGCAGCGCCAGUGGCUGGAGGCCAACAAGAGCAAGCUCUUCAACUACCUGGACCUGAACAGUGCGGAGAAUGGAGGGGGCUCCUUCGAUCACCAGCAGCAGCAGCAUCAGCAGCAGCAACAACAGCAAUCGGAGAGUGAACUCGAGGCGGAGAAGGCGACGCCAACGGCUGCAGCGACGGCAGCCAACAUUUUGGAUGGCAUACACUCGCUGAAGAAACGCAAAUCCCUAACAGUCUAUCCACUGCCUGCGAUUCCUAUCAAAGAUGAGCCCAUUGACACGGAUGACGACUACCAGAUGAAGUCGAUAGACGAGUCCGAUGACAUGGUCGAUCCCACAAUGUUCCUAGAGCGCUCCGAACACGAGGGCGAUGUGCCGUUGACGGCCUCGGACUACGACUACACGGCGCAGCAUGGCGUGAAUGCCUCGUCCGUGGCCGCCUCGCUGCCGCCGAAUGCGGUGGCCAAUGUGGCAGCCGCCGGAGACUCCAAGGUGGCCAGUUGCCGCGCCUGCAGCCUGCAGUUCUCUACACGGGCGAAUGCCCGUCGCCACGAACGGAACCUGCACCCGAACCUGUUCCAGCUGUCCACGGACUCGCCCCACAACACGCCCAUUACGAAGCCAACGCCCGCAUUGGCUGCCGCCUUGGAAAUCCAACGGGCGGCUGCUGCGGCGGCCACAGCGGAGGCAAACCGAGCCGCUGGUGCCGCUGGCGGGAAUAUCUCUACGCAAAAGUACCGCCAGGUGGUGAUGAACGCCUUCAUCAAGUGCGAGGGCGGCGGCUACGACUACGACAAUCCCGAGCAGUACCGACCGCUGCUCACCCGCGACAAAGUGGAGUUCAUCGAGCAGAACGACGAGUUCCUCGAGCAAUACCAGACGAUGACCUGCCGCUGCUGCAGCAAGUACUUCAGCACGUACAAGAACUUCAUGGCGCACGUGCGCAAGAAGUAUCCGAUGCUGCCGCGCAACCUGUGCUUCAACUGCCUCAAGAUGAACGACUCCAAGGCGCUGUUCAUCUCGCAUCUGAAGAAGCGGAAUUGCAUUAAUCUCUUUAGGGUUUUGAAUGCGCUGCGGGGCAAGACAACAACAACAACAACAACGGCGAUGAUUACCGCUGGACUGCUGGAUGUGCCGGCCAGCGAUGAUGCGGAGGGAGGAGGAGGAGGAGGAGGAGGGGUGAUUGCCGAUGUCGAUGCCGAUGCUGAUGCCCGGGCAGAAGUGGUGACCAUGAGCAGUCCCACAGUGACGACCGCCGGCGCAGCAGAGGCAGGCGGCACACCCGGCGGCAGUUCCGAACGGCCGGAGAAGCUGCGCGCCAAGGAGCUGCUGGUGAACAAGCUGUACGAGUGCAAGCUCUGUCCCAAGGGGUUCCGCACCAAGCACGAGUUCCGAACGCACGUCUACGACAAGCAUGCCGAUGUGCAGCGCAAGGACAACAACUCGAUACAGUGCAGCUUCUGCGGCCUGGACUUUGCCGAUCCGGUGGACAGGCGGCGGCACUACAACAACAUGGACUGCAUUGUCCGGCUGCGUUGCAUGACGUGCGACGCCAAGCUGGAGACGCACCAGCGGUUCCUCGACCACGUCUACCAGGAUCAUCUGGGCGGCGUGGGUGGCGGCGGCGGGGCGAGCAGUGACAACGCCUCCACCACGGGCAGCGGCAUGGCCCGGAGCAACAGCAUGGAACACUCGCCGGGCAAGCGGAGCCUGCUGGGCGCCCUGGGCAUCGGGGUCGGCUCAUCGGCGGAUGAGUCGCGUAGCAGCAGUGCGGCACCGCCGCUCACAUCCACACCAAAGCUGGCUGCCCAAGUGGGCGCCUCAGCCACUGCUUCUGGCUCCGCCUCCGCUCAGAGCUCGGCAAAUCGGGAUGCGAGCGCACCCAAGUCGCAAUACUUCUCCAGAAUGCCGCAGGUGUGCCCCAUUUGCGGCCAGCAGUACAACAACUACAACAAUGUGCUGCGCCACAUGGAAUCGAAGCAUCCGAACAAGCUGCCCGAGACUUACAAGUGCGUGCGAUGCGGCCUGGGCUAUCCGCGGAUCUCCUACCUGCGGGAGCACAUGAUCAAUGUGCAUGGCGUGGACAAGAACCGGCAUUCCGGCGGCUUUGAGUACAUUGUGAAUGCGGAUGCCGUGAAGUUGGCGGACGGAAGCACGCCGAACGUGUACACGGGUCGCUACGACUACGUGAUGAAGGACCUGAUGUCGAUAACAAAUGGUGGGACACUCGAUGACGAGGAGGAGGAGCCGGGCAGCGUGGCCAAGAAGAUGCGCCUAGACGACAGCAGCAACAACAGCAGCCUGGUGGGCGUGGCCAGCCAGCAAAAGGAGUGCCCCAUCUGCAAUGCGGUGUUCAGCAACAACAUUGGCCUGUCCAAUCACAUGCGCUCCCACUACACGGCCUCGAAUGCGGUGAAUGCGGCUCUAGCGGCUGCCAAUCGGAUGACGCCGAAAUCGCUGACGAUAACCGCCACACCGGCGGCGGAUUCGGAGAUGGAACUUUUGGCAACAGCUGCGGCAGCAUCAUCGGUAUCAAUGGCCCCAGCCACUCCGGCCAAUGUGCCACCGGCAAUGGCCAACCAAACGCCCCAGGAGCAGGCCGUUUUCCGGCGAAGUCUCGACCAGGCGGCCGACCGUCGCUUCCGGCGUAUGCGUUGCCGCAUCUGCCAGCGACGCUUCAGCUCCAAGAAGUCCUAUCGCUACCACAUGCUCACCGAUCAUCAGGUGCAGAAUGUGCAGUUCAUCAAGUGCAAGCUGUGCAACGCCGAGUUUGCCUACGAGAAGGGCCUGAAGGUGCAUCUGUUCAAGGUGCACGGCCGGGCGAUCAAGGACGAGAUGAUUAUCAAGCAGUUUGAGUGCGAGGUCUGCUCCAUUGUCUACAGUUCGGAGCUGGAGCUGCAGCAGCACAAGCGCAGUGUCCACAAGCUGACUUCGGUAUCGGCCUCGGCAUCCACUUCGGUGUCGGCGUCCUCGAAGAUUGACGAUGACUCGCUGAUGGAGGAGGCCAAGCCAACGGCAGCGGAGCUAGCUAAUCUCUCCGCCCUUGCGGCUGGCGCAUCCGCCAAUGCAUCUGCCUCGGGCCAGGGACUCCAGGGCACUCCGCUGUACUGGUACCAGUGCAAGUACUGUCCCUCCAACUUUAACACCAACAAGAAGCUGGCCAUCCACAUCAACUCGCACGACGAGUUUGACUCGAACGAUUACUCCUGCAAAGACUGCGGCAAUGUCUACAGCGGACGCAAGAGUCUAUGGGUGCAUCGCUACAAGAAGCACCCGCAAGUACCCGAUCCAGCAGAAUGCUCCUUGUGCCGUAAGGUCUUCUUCGACCGCCAAAUGCAUGACAACCACACGCCCACCUGCAACCGCAAGCCAAUCACCUCGACCGGCGCCCACCAGCAGCAGGAGCCGCAGCUGCAGCAGCAGCAGCAGCAGGCAUCGCUACAGCCAGGCAGACGAACCAUCUUCCGGCACAAGACUGGCGAUGAUGAGGACGAGGAGGAGGAGGAGCAGGAUGAACAGCAGCUGGAGGACAGGGCGAACAGCGACGGCAACGGGACGACGGUGGCUUCGGGAAGUGCCACGACAGUGGCGGCAGUGGUGGCCACGUCGCUUAAGAUACGCAUCCCGGAGGUGGCCUGCACCAUUUGCGGGGCGCGCUUCACCGACCAGGAGCACUUCAGCAAGCACAUCCAGAAGCACGAGCAGGAGCUGUACGUGGACAAUCCGUUGGCGGCGAUGUUCGACGAUGGGCCGGCGGAUGUCGGCCAGUUCCAGGUGGAGCGGCAGAACGAGAACGGGGAAUAUGCGUGCGAUUUGUGCGCCAAGACGUUCCCCCAGGUGAUCGCACUCAAGGUGCAUCGCAAGUGGCAUUUCAGAGGUGAUAGCAAGCAGAACCCCAUCGACGGCGAAGCGACACAGUUGACCAACAACAAUCACACCACCAACAACAACAACAACUCGAUGUUGCACCUCCGCGAACUGCAUGCGGUGGGCCUGAUGCCCAACCAACAGCAGCAACAGCAGCAGCAGAGCCUCAACAACUCGUGCAACAGCAGCAGCAUGAACAACCACAACAACAACAACAACAGCAGCAGCAGCAGCAACAACCGCAGCAAGUCGAUGAAGCGGAAACGUGAGCUGAAAUGCGAAUACUGCGCCUCCACCUUCAUCAGCAACAACAAUCUGCGUCGCCACAUGUACGAGCUGCACAAGCACGAGGUGAGCAAUCUGCCGGAGCCGCCGGUGAUUGUGGUGGACGAAUACCUAACCUGCCGCCGCUGCCAGCUGAAGUUCGAGACCAAGGAGCUGUGGAUCGAGCACAAGCUGGCCGAUGCGAAGGUGGUGCGACCCUUCUGCCCCUUCCAGUGGGGCUGCGACCUGUGCGGCGAGUAUCUGUCGCGCAAGGAGAAGCUGAUGAACCACAUCAACAACCAUCUCAAGGAGGAGGUCAUAGUGCCGGUGGCCACCAAAGCGGCCAUCGAGAGGACGGCGGCCCAGGAAGCGGCGGCGGCAACAGCAGAUGCAAAAGCGGCAGCAGCAACGACACCAUUAACAUCAGCAGGUGAGGCGAUGAAUACCGAAAAGCAAUCUCUGGACAAUGGCCAGGUGGCAGCAGCAACAGCAGCAGCAGCAGUGGCAGCGGCAACAACAUCAUCAGUGAAGUUGGAGGAGGGUCGCGAGGAAGAAGAUAGCGAUGACCUGGACGAGGAGGACAGCUCGGGCGAAGAGGAGGAAAGUUCGGGCACAGGUGACGAUGAGGACGACGACACCGACGAUGAGGAUGGCGAGGGAGAAGAUGAGGACGAGGAGGGCGAUGGGGGUGAGGGCGAGGACGAGGAGGGUGUGCAGCCACCGGGUCAACUGUUGCCGCAGAAGCAACACAAGGCGGCCAAUCAUAACCAGGACGACGAUGAUCUCGUCGAGGAGGUCAUCAGCUCGGAUGACGACGAAGGCGAGGAUGAUGGCGAGGUGGAAAGCGACGACGACGAAGACGGCGACGAUGAUGGUGAAGAUGACGACGAUGAGGAGGAGGAGGACGACGAUGUGGAGGAGCCGGAGCCAGUGGCAUUGCCGGUGAGGCCGCUAAUGAACGGCAAGUCCAAGAUGCCGCCGCUGAUCGUGGCCAGCUCGGACGAUGAGGAUGACGACGGUGUGUUGCCCAUAGAGGACAUCAUCGAGGAGGAGUUCGAUGAGGAUGCCGAUCCGGAUCCCGAUCCGGAGGAGGAUGCCAUCGAGGAGGUGGACGACGAUGAUUUAGAUGAGGGGGAUGUGGAGGACGAGCCGAAUGUGGUGUCGACAGCCUCCUCGUCGGAGAGCGAGUCCACCACAACGACCACGUCCAAUUCGCAUUCUCAUUCCACGGGUGAGCGGCGUAAGAAGGCCGACGAUCAGUUGAAUGAUCCCGGCUUUACCUGUGAUCUAUGUCAACUUUGUUUCGAUUCUCAGGAGCUUCUCCAGAGCCACAUCAAAAGCCAUUUCCUCAAUGGGCCAAAGCUCUCGACAGCGGCUGCGGCAGUAGCAACAAAGCCAACAGCAGCAGCAGCAACAGCAAGCGGCGCGGCAGCAACAUCGGUGGCAACAGCAACAGCAACAUUAGCAACGGCAGCAAAGACGAAGCCUGACUCCAAGUCAGCGGUGCUGGCCAUCAAUAACAACAACAAGAGUAAGACUGUUGCUGCCACGGCGGCGAAAAGUGCAACAACUGUAAAAACUGCAACAGCUGCAACAAAUUGAGUAAUCAUCUUAUCGACAUUGACAUCGACAUCGCCAUCGACACACCACCACCACCACCACCUCCAUCAUCUCGAUCCAAACUCACUUGAAAUGUACAAAGCCAAUCCACUCAAACACCGCCAUCAUCAUCAUCAUAAUCAUCAUCAUCAUACCAUCAGAAUCAUUCAAACAAUGAAAACAUCAACAGCAACCACAUGAACAUCAGCAACGCAUUCCAUCAACAAAUCAGCCAACUUUAUGUAUAGCACGAGAUGCGUGUGUGUGCGUGUGUGUUAUAUAAUCAUUUUUUUUUUCUUGCUUCUAGUCUUAAGAACUUAACUAACAUAUAUGUACAUCAUAUAUAGAAUAUAUAUAUAUUAACUAAGACUUUUUUUUUAAAUGUUAACCUAGUUUGUACCGCGCACACACCCACACACAAAGCAAAAACAGGGGUUUAUAUGCACCCUUUUACGGCUAAGUUUCGCUUAGAAAAAACUAUAUAUAAACAUACAUUGAUAUGUUAGGCUUAAGCAAAUAGAAAAGUACGUCUUAAUAUAUUACACAACAAUUUUCAAGCAAAAGUUUACGACGCACCAAAGCAAGCGACAGAAAACGCAAGGGAAACCGCUCAGUUAGAGUUAGUAAAACCAUCAGGAUUUUCAAAGUAUUUCACAAAACAUGCAUGACACUCUCAAACACACACACACACACACACAAAGCGAUAGAUGUUUAGACUUCAUUUUUGUUGUAUUAAGCCUUGGUCUUCACAAAAUUCUAAACACAGUAUCAAACUUAAUUUUGAUAGAACACCAAUCCACAAAACUUGAAGAUUAGAAAUCUUGAACGAUGUUUGCCGCAUGAAAACCAAAAGCUUAAUUUUUGUUAUUUAUUUGGAAGUCUUAAAGUAAAUUUGAGGUAACGCAAAUGCAUCUAACAAGCAAAACUGUUUAAGAAAUCCAAACUGUACAUUUGCACGAACAAAAUAUUUUGAAAAUUGCCUAAAAAAGAACAACAGCCGAUUUUAUUUGAUCUAUAAUUAUAAACAUUUAGCUGGAGACUACAUUUCUGGUUAUUCUCGAGACGGCCGGCCUUGAGUCGAAAAAACGCGAAAAGGUUAAACCUGACUUAAAUUUCGGCCUUUUAAUGAAUUUACACGAAAUUAAUUUGCAAUCCAACUAUGUUUCUCUUUUUGAUCGAGCUUCAAGUUUGCAUGGCUCAACAUAAAAGCCAAUGAAUAAUUUCGUAUAAAAUUGAUUUCUCUUCCCAACAAGAAAACAAUAUU